UCCCACGUCCAUGCAGGUUGUUUUGACUCUACAAUGACCACAUGUACUCUAAAACCACUGCAAGACUUUUUAAUUUGAUCAAUUAUUUUGUUCAUUUUUUCAACCCCUCUGUUCUGGGGUUUUCGUUUUUUGAUCAUUUCCUCAUCCAGAGUGGCUGCUUGAAGUGCUGCAACCAAAGCUGGAAAUGGAGCCUGUUUCUGACCAGUUCAUGCAAUUCCACCCCAUCCAUGGUACCAAUGUUCGACUGGACCACUCGGGAACCCAGGCCACAAGAGUAGAGAGCUUUGCCAACGGAGUUUGUUUUAGCAAAUGGCCCCUGAAGCCUGGAGAGAUUUUUCUAAUAGAGAUUGAAGAUAAGGAGGUGGGAUGGUGUGGCCACCUCCGGAUUGGUCUGACCGCCAGGGACCCCAGGAGCUUAGAGGUGGUACCUGAAUACUCCAUUCCAAACUUGACAGAUUUAGGAGACAGCUGGAUAUUUGCUAUCACGCGCAACCAUAACAAGAUCAUCGAGGAGGCUGGGGUCAUAGAGCCCAGGCAGGGAGAACUGGUUGGGGGACGGAGGCUUGGGCGAGGGGAGGAAGAAGACGGGGCUGGAGAUCAAGGAGACGAGGCGGCCAGGAACACAAAACCAAAGACUUUCUUCACCGACACCCACUUGUACAUUGAGAAUGUUCGAAUCCCCAGAGAUAAGCUGGUUGGUCGGAGCCGGCCCGGGCGCUACAGUCACAUUUUGGAUGACUUGUAUAAAACCAACGCCCUGCCUCCCACAGCCAGACGCAGUAGGAUAGGAGUACUGUAUGUGCCUAGAGGAGAAGGCCUGGCUGACAUGCAUAUAGUCAUCAACGGGGAGGACAUGGGAGCUUCUGCAAAGGGAAUCGCUACUGCGGGGCCUCUCUAUGCUGUGGUGGAUGUAUUUGCUGCUACCAAGUGUGUUCGGAUUGUCCAGGUGGAGUAUGGAUUCUCAUCCUUGCAGACACUGUGUAGGAAGGCCAUCCAGAAGCACAUUGUUCACAGGAUGGCCAUUGACUGGCUCGAGCUGCCAGAAGCGCUCAAACACUACUGCAAGUAUGAAUGAAGGACACAUGGACACAUGGAUAUCACUUAAGUGCUUUAUCCCAUCAAGAAUGUGAUAUUUAUUUUGAUGACAUUUAUAAAUUAUAGCGUUACAUACACUCUUUUCACUUGGAGCUGACAUGAAUUGUUUGAGAUGAAAAGAUCAAAGUAAAGUAAAUUUAAAUAGUUUGUUAUGUGUCUGUUUGAUUGAUUAGUUUUAAUGUUUGCAUCACAGGGAGCAUCGGUGUUUCACACAUCGGUGUGUCUGCAAUGAAUGACGUUGUUCCAGCUGCAGUGCAGCUGCUUGCAAGCAGAGAGUUAAAUUCAUGUGUUGUGCAUUCAUGUUCAUGUUUCACCCUUUUAUUUUUUUUUCUGACUCGAUGGAUGAACCAGUGUUGUAUCUGCACAUAACACAGAACUUAGCAAAGAAUUCAUUUUAAAUUGUAUGUUUAGGCUUUGUUAUUAGUGGCCUUUCAGAGGAAAAAAACCACUAUGGCAGAUAAACAGUAUUUAUAAGUAAUGUCCUUAUGAAGUAGGAGAAAAUCCAGAAAAGACCCUGUAGCAAGGCACAGGACCUACUCAUAAUGAAUAUGUUGCCCUAACCUAGUUAAUUUAACUACACUUUACUUAAGUUUUUUAUUUUUUUUAUUUUAGGCAAUGAGUUUGCACAAUGUUUUUGAAGCCUCGUCAGAAAUGGUCUCAGUGGAAACUUGUCAACAAUCUGUUUUUGCCUUAUACAUUUCCAUGUUUGCACAAGUUCCAAUAAAAUAACUGCAAUUAUUCCCGUUUCCCAGCAAACUAAAAAAAAAUGAAGGGUUGCUCGAUACUUUUUGGACUGAACUGUGAUUUUCAGAUUUCCAGAUUUCAGAAUAACAAUAAAUCUUCUUGUAAAGUUAAAACGAGUCUGGCUGUGGUGGAAAGUUAAUCUAAUCUUUAACCAUAAUUAAAUCAAUCUUCUUAGUUCUUCUUCAUCUGCCUCCAUAACCCUCUGCAUGUCCUCCUUCACUACAUCCAUGAAUAAGGCAAUGAUUAGGCUGUAAUUGAUUUUAAAAAGUAUCACGUGGUUCCAAUUGAAAAUAUGAUGCUCCAUUUCCGGCACAUUAUGUUGGUUAAUGUUUGCUCAGCCCAUCAAACACAUAAAUUAGAGAUAACACAUCUGUUUCAGUCCGACAUCAGACUCG